AUGCCGGGCAAGACGCUCCCUACCAUUACCCGCGCCGAGGUGGAACAGCAUAAUAAUCGGAAGUCGUGCUAUGUGACGAUCGGCGAACGUGUUUUUGAUGUGACGGAUUUUAUCGACGAUCAUCCUGGUGGCGGCGAGUUGAUACUUGAAUUUGGGGGGAAGGAUGUCAAGAAGAUUUUGGAAGAUGAAGAUUCACAUUUCCACACUGAGACCGCUUAUGAGAUCCUGGAGGAGAGCUUGAUUGGCUUCGUACCCACCGAUGCCGUUCUUAAGACCGCAGUAGACUCCUCACGUCCAGACCAAGUUGUCCCGCUGCCUGCGACAUUGGAAGGGAACGAACAACUGAAAGCAAAUGGUGUGCAAGCCGAGAACCUCCCCUCCCGACCGCUCUACGCGUCAACCGGCAUGUCGUCUGAAGACGAUCUCUCUAAAGAGACGGAUCUGGACCAAGAUUGGAAGACACACAAGUUCCUGGAUUUGAAUCGGCCACUUUUCCCGCAGAUGAUCUUUGGCAAGUUCUCAAAGGAAUUCUACCUCGAACAAGUUCAUCGACCGCGACACUACCGGGGUGGUGACUCUGCGCCAUUGUUUGGGAACUUCCUUGAACCGCUCAGCAAGACGGCGUGGUACGUGGUGCCGAUUCUAUGGCUGCCUCCCGUCAUCUACGGGUCUGUCCUCGGAAUCAGCAACCUUGAAAGUCCGGCCGUGGGUGUUGCAUAUUGGUGCCUGGGUCUCUUUUUGUGGACCCUGGUGGAAUACCUCCUGCACCGCUUUCUGUUCCAUGUUGACGACUAUCUACCUGACCACUCCGUCUUCCUCACCCUACAUUUCCUCCUGCACGGGAUCCAUCAUUACCUACCCAUGGACAAAUAUCGGCUUGUCAUGCCGCCGACACUGUUCCUCAUUCUAGCAACACCCUUCUACAAACUCGCUCAUUUUGUCUUUUGGUACAAUUGGUACGUCGCCAUCACGGUCUUCAGCGGUGGCAUCUUCGGCUACGUCUGCUACGACUGCACCCAUUACUGGCUGCAUCACCAUCAACUACCCGCCUACGUGAGGGAUUUGAAGAAGUAUCACCUGGCACAUCACUACCAGAACUUCGAGCUUGGGUUCGGUGUGACAUCCAAAUUCUGGGACUACGUCUGGGGCACGGAGCUCAAAUACACGAAACCGAUCAAGUCAUCCUAG